CGCGCUAUGAAGCUGGGGCAGAGGCAGCGCCGGCGCGAGAGAGGCGAGGACGCGCCGUCGCCAGUGUCCCCAGCGCAGGCGGCUCCGGGGAGGCCUGGGGAGGCGCCCCCUUUCCUGGGCCCUAGCUGCCGCGCACCGGAGCCAAAGCUGGAGUGACUCCGGACCUGCCAUGAGCCAGCUCUACCCCAGCCAGCUCCCUGCCGCGAUGGUCUACCUCUACGGGGCCGAGAGGGGAGCCCUGUCCGGGGCGCUGGGCUUCGCCCCGGCGGCGGGGGCGCUGCCCAGGCAGGACUCCCCGCAGAAGCCCCCCUACAGCUACAUCGCGCUGAUCGCCAUGGCCAUCCAGCAGGCGCCGGAGCAGAAGGUGACGCUCAACGGCAUCUAUCAGUUCAUCAUGCAGCGCUUCCCCUUCUACCACGACAACAAGCAGGGCUGGCAGAACUCCAUCCGCCACAACCUCUCGCUCAACGACUGCUUCGUCAAGGUGCCCCGCGAGAAGGGCCGCCCGGGCAAGGGCAGCUACUGGACGCUGGACCCGCGCUGCAACGACAUGUUCGAACACGGCAAUUACCGGCGCAGGAAGAGGAAAGCCCGCGGCGGCCCGCCGGCAGCGGACGAGGCCGGGCCCGAGCAGGAGGGCGCCCCCGGGGAAGCCCCCAAGAG